AUCAAUUUGUAUGUGGUAUAAAAAAUCAUUAUAUACGAGUCGAGUGGUUUGGAAAAGAAAAUCAUUUUCAGAUGGUGUGAAAAUUGCAGAGACUAGAAAAGUACUUCUGGCUUAAUGGGCACGAGCAACUCACUAGAUAACAGCCUCAUAGAUAAACUACUUGACCAAAAGAAAUUAAAUGAGUAAUAAAACAUCUAAAGGCAGAAGUCCAGAACCAACUCAAGGGCGGACUAGAUAUAGGCACUGGUAUUGUGUAAAGAAUACUUCAUUAAAAAAGUAUGCUGAUGAGGUUAACGAUCUCAAUGAGAUGGCUAAACAUCGACCUCAUGCUGCACUUGUUGCUGGCAUACAGCAAGAAAAUAGACAUUUGCGUGAUUUGCAACAAGAAAAUCGUGAAUUAAGAGCUGCUUUAGAAGAACAACAGAAUGCUUUAGAACUUAUUAUGUCAAAGUAUCGCCAACAGAUUACUAAAUUAGCUCACUCAUCUCAAAUUGAUUUAACCAAGUUGUAUAACAAAAAGUACACUGAGAUCAUUAUUGAUCAGGCUAUUAAAAUUAGUGAAAUGACACAUAUUAUGGGGAAAGCAGUACAAGCUGAUGAAGAUAGUAUUCUUAAAACAGAAGAAGAAAUACAUCAAUUAGCUACAGAAAACAAGGGUCUUCGGGAGCUGUUGGCCAUUUCAUCAAAACAUAAUCCAAUUUCUUUAAUAAAUGAACCAUAUACCUAA